AAGCUUUCACCCUCGAAAACGAAGUAUAUUUAGCGAAUUUUAAAUUUAUCGAUUGAUUCGUGGGUCGACAACAAUUUAGAGAAAAGAAAAACAAAUUCGGAAACUAAAAAGACAAUAUAAUUAUAUAUAUAUGAAAAAAGAAAUCAUAGAAGAAAAAAGAUUAUACACGUCUGAAAAAACGUCUUCCAAACGCAACACCCACGUUGUGUUAGACUUUCCUUCUUUGUUUAGUUUCUGUCACCCCAAAAAAGAAUAAAAUCUAUCUUUUCUAGAGAGCGGGAGAAGAAGGUGAUGGCAGGCAUAGUAGCAAAUACUAUGAUGCUCAAAUCCAUCUCCGCACCAUGGAAGUUGAACAUAAUAAGGUACUUCAAUAAUUCAUCCGAAACUUGUACCACGACACUGUCAGCUCUGUACACUGAACGAAAUUCGAAUUACAGCACGGAAAGACGCUGUAGAACAACAAUGGCGAUGUCGAACAAGCAAAUGGAACUGAAGGCACUGUCACUGACAUCCUCGUUACAAUCUGAAGCGUCCGUUCCGAACAAAGAAGUUUAUCAUGACCAGAGUAAUCAACCGCUAACGAAGAAUUUUAGAGACUACGCAGGAGGAACGAAAGAUUUUAUUCGAACGGGCGGUAUCGGCGAACCACCACGUUGGUUCUCACCUUUGGAAUGCAAAAAUCAGUGGAAGAACUCUCCGUUGCUACUUUACCUGCCUGGAAUUGAUGGUGUGGGUCUCGGACUUAUUUCGAAUCACCAGGAAUUGGGAAAAGUGUUCGACAUAUGGUGUCUCCAUAUUCCGAUUGAAGAUCGUACCUCAUUUAAAGAGUUGGUCCAACUUGUGGAGAAAACAGUUAAAGAUGAGCAUGGGCGUUCACCGAGUAGACCCAUAUAUCUUGUUGGAGAAUCUAUAGGAGCAUGUCUUGCACUAGCUGUUGCCGCUCGUAAUCCUACUAUUGAUCUUUUGCUAAUACUCGCGAAUCCAGCUACAUCAUUUGAAAAGUCACAGCUUCCAAAUCUUAUCUCACUACUACAGGCCAUUCCGGAACAACUUAAUAUUGGCCUUGUCAAUAUUCUAACUUCUUCCACAGCAGGUGAUUUCUUAAGAAUGGCAAUGUCUAGUGUACAAAAACAGCUUCCUGUUCCUCUAAGUAUCCGUGAAGCAACCGAGAACUUAUCUGAACUCUUGUCUGCUAUUCCAGUCUUGGCUGAUGUUUGGACAAAAGAAUCAGUACUGUGGAAGUUAAAAAUGACGGAGGCGGCUUCAUUAUAUGCCAACUCCCGCAUUCAUGCUGUCAAAGCUCAGACUCUAAUCCUUGCCAGUGGAAGGGACCAGUUGCUACCAAGUCUGGAGGAAGCUCAAAGACUCUCCAACCUACUGCCUACUUGCCAAAUGCGGAACUUCAACGACAGUGGUCACAACCUAUUUAUGGAAGAUGGUUUUAAUUUGGUCACUGUAAUCAAGGGUGCUGGAUUUUAUCGUCGUUCAAGCAAAAUUGACUAUGUAUCUGAUUAUAUCCCUCAAAACCAUUCCGAGCUAAAGAAAGCAAUUGAUGGUUACGGGUGGGUUAAUAUAGCUGCUGACCCUGUUAUGCUCUCAACUUUAGAGGAUGGGAAAAUUGUGCGAGGCCUCGCAGGGAUUCCUUCUGAGGGACCAGUUUUGUUUGUUGGUUAUCACAUGCUAAUGGGAUUUGAUUUAGCUCCACUUAUGUCCACUUUCCUGGAACAGAAAAAUAUUUUGAUCAGAGGAAUAGCGCAUCCAAUGUUUUUCCAGAAUGAACUCGAAAAACGUCAACUAGAUCCGUCAAUAUUUGACCCAAUAAAAAUCUUGGGUGCAGUUCCCGUAUCACCAACCAACUUCUACAAACUUCUUGCGGAGAAAUCUCAUGUUCUACUGUACCCAGGAGGUGUGCGCGAGGCGUUUCAUGGGAAGGGAGAGGAAAACAAGUUGUUCUGGCCAUCUCAGUCAGAGUUCGUCAGAGUGGCUUCUAGAUUUGGGGCUACAAUCAUUCCGUUUGGUGCUGUCGGCGCAGAUGAUCUCGUGGACAUUGUUCUUGACUAUGACGAUCUAAUGAAGAUUCCUUACGUGAAGGAUGUAAUAAACGAACUAAAUAAUGGAGUUGUGCAGUUAAGGACGGAUACUGAUGGAGAGAUUGCAAAACAGAGGUUCUACCUGCCAGGAGUAGUCCCGAAACUCCCAGGUCGUUUUUACUACCUGUUCGGGAAGCCAAUCGAAACACAAGGGAGGAAGAAUGAAUUAAGAGACAAGGAGAAAGCUCAAGAACUAUACAUGCACACAAAAUCUGAAGUUGAGAAUUCAAUAAAAUAUUUGAAGGAGAAAAGAGAGACAGACCCAUACAGGAGUCUCUUGUCUAGGAUAUUGUAUCAAGCAACCCAUGAUCCCAACUCCGAAAUUCCCACAUUCGAACCUUGAUUAUUCAUUUGUAAGUACUCGUAGAUAAAUGAAACAGACAGUUAUCUUACCAACAUAGAAAAGAAAAGAUGAAAAUGAAGCAGAAUUGUAUAUAAACCUGAAAGAAAGAAAGAAGUAUACUCUGCCGUUUCAGGAAAAGUGAUACUUUCACUUUUUCAUUUUUAUAACACAUGGUUCACUUUGGUCCA